AAAGUGGAAACAAUACGAGAAUUUUGUUUGGUUUGAUUUGACUUGAUUUCAACACUAAUACGCUCCAGCAAUAUACACACCGACGCACAAGGAAAGCACUGUUGGUAAGCCUUUGUUUCUCUCUCUUCUUUCUGCUUAUCUAGAACCCUACCACAAUUCUCCCCACUGGCAAAGAUUCCUUUCUUUCUUUCUCCUACCCUGAACUUUUCUCCAGAAACAAUCACUCUUAUCAUGUUUUUCGUUUCCUUCAUGUAAAGCAGUUGCUACACUUUGCUGGGUCGUUUUUUUUUUUUUGGUUUUCGUCAGUGAUGGGAUGUUCUAGUUCGAAGUUAGAUGAUCUGCCGGCAGUUGCUCUAUGUCGGGAACGAUGUAGUUUCUUGGAUGAAGCGAUUCAACAACGUUUUGCUUUAGCUGAAGCUCAUGUUGCUUAUACAGCUUCUUUGAAGUUAUUUGGACAGUCUUUGAACAAUUUUGUUGAUAAUGAUUUCGGGACUUCUUCAGGGGCGUUGCCUCCUUCUCCUCCAUCUCCUAAUAAACUUAAAAGCAAAGCGGUGGAUCCAGUUCAAGUUGGGUCAAGUUCACCCAAGAAAGAUGUUAUUUCUCACCACCAUUCCCAUUCCCAUUCUGGGUCUCAUCUUCACUUCGAUUCUGGUUCUGAUGAAGAUGAUUCUGCCGGGUCCUUGCACCAUUCAGAUCAUUCUUCUCCUUUGCACCACGAUGGUGGGGGUCCUCAUAUUGAGUAUUUGCACCAAAAUUACCCCAAUUAUGGUGCCUACGAAACCGGGUCUUUCCCUGGUCGGUAUAUACAUAUGAAUUUUAUGAAGAAGCAACCAACGCCGUCUAUUGUUUAUGAACAAAGGCCUGUGAAUCCAGAGAUAGUUUAUAUGGGUGAAUCUUCAUCAUCAUCUUCUUUUUAUAAUAACAAUAAUCCUAGUUCUAGUUCAUAUCCUUAUCCGGGUUAUCAAAAUUACGGUGGUUUUAGUAAUUAUGCUUUCUAUCCGGCGCCUGGUUAUCAGUCUUCACUGCAACCGUCGUCAGUGGCUGGAGGGUCAUCCUCGAAACCACCGCCGCCUCCACCUUCACCUCCGAGAACCUCAGCUUGGGAUUUCUUGAACCCGUUCGAGAGUUAUGAAAACUACAACCAUACGUAUACGCCGAGUAGGGAUUUGAGAAAGGUGAGGGAAGCGGAAGGGAUCCCUGAGUUGGAAGAUGAGAAUUAUCAACAUGAAGUAGUUAAAGAAGUGGACGGAGAUCAGAAAUUUGUUGAUAGCGGAGGGUAUUCCAAGUCCCCGGCUGAAGAAGCAGCUAAGGGAGUUGUUACUAGUGAAGCAGAGGCCUCGCUUUAUCAGAGCAGGCCUAGUGUAGGGGUGGAAAAUGAUAGGGUGGAAUAUGAGGUUCAUGUGGUGGAUAAGAAAGUUGUGAGUGAUGAGAGCGCUGAGGAGCGUGGUAAAGGGUCAAAAGGCCCUCCAAGGAAUGUUUUUGAGGUGAUUAGAGAGAUACAAGUUCAGUUUGUUAAAGCUUCUGAGUCAGGGAGUGAAAUUGCAAAGUUGCUUGAGGUGGGAACACUUCCUUAUCACCGUAAACAUGCUUCGAAGAUGUUGCAAGUAGUUACUCCUUCGUUAUCAUUAGUAUCAUCUCAGCCAUCUACUUCUAAGACUGAUUCAUCGGCUGACAAUACUGAUCCGGCUUUUCUAGACUUCAAUGAAGAAUUGGCCAAGAAACAGAGAAACCUUUCCUCUACAUUGCAGAAGUUGUAUCUUUGGGAAAAGAAACUCUACAAUGAAGUAAAGGCUGAGGAGAAGAUGCGGGUAGCUUAUGAUAGGAAAUGCCGUAAGUUGAAGCAGUUAGAUGAAAGGGGUGCUGAAGCUAACAAAGUUGAUUCAACCCGGAAUAUAAUCAGGAGCCUAUCAACAAAGAUAAGAAUUGCAAUUCAAGUUGUUGACAAGAUAUCUGUGACAAUUAAUAAGAUCAGAGAUGAGGAGCUAUGGCCACUGCUCAAUGAACUGAUUGAAGGGUUAAAUCGAAUGUGGAAAUGCAUGCUUGAAUGCCAUCAUAGUCAGUGUCAGGUAAUUAAAGAAGCCAAAAGUUUAGGUUCUAUUGGAUCUGGCAAAAAGCUUAGUGAUGACCAUCUUAAGGCCACUUUGCAGCUUGAGCAUGAACUUAUUAGUUGGACUAUAAGAUUCUCUAGUUGGAUAGGUGCCCAAAAGGGCUAUGUCAGGGCUUUGAAUAAUUGGCUUCUGAGAUGUAUUCACCAUGAACCUGAAGUGACUGAUGAUGGAAUAGCUCCCUUCUCACCUAGCAGGGUAGGUGCACCCCCUAUAUUCGUAAUCUGUAAUCAGUGGUCACAAGUAAUGGAUAGAAUAUCUGAAAGGGAGGUGGUUGACUCCAUGCGGAUUUUUGCCAUGAGCAUAUUCCAGCUUUGGGAACAAGAUAAGUCGGAAAUGCAUAGGAGAAUGAUGGCGAAUAAGGAUUUAGAGAGAAAGGCUAGGAACUUGGAUAGAGAGGAUCAAAAGCUACAGAAAGAGAUCCAAGCGAUGGAUAAAAAAAUUGUUUUGGUCUCUGGAGAUGGUAAUAGUCUCUCAGUAGCUGGACAUGUGUAUCAGAGUGACACUAGCAACACCAGUUUGCAGGGUAGCUUGCAACGCAUUUUAGAUGCAAUGGAAAGGUUCAGUUCUGAGUCCUCCAAAGCCUAUGAGGAGCUUUUGGAACGUGUUAAAGAAAGGAUUGCUCAAGAUCAUGAAAGAGUUACGUAGGGCUGUAAAUAGCGGCUACAAGCGUCUUGCUCUGUGAGAAAUGAAGCUCAAGCGGUGGUCAAACAUUCUUGUAAUGCAAAACUUGGCUGGUUGCUCUUCUGUCAGGGAAAGACUUGGUAAUGACUCAUCAUCUGCCUCUGGCAACAAUAGUUUUAGAUAGGCUAUGAUAUGCAUAAAUGAAGAGAGAUCGGGAGACACAUUCCACUGGGUGUUGCAGAUUGCAAAGCCUUCCAACUGAGAACUGUCGGGGUUUGCCUAGAUCCCGAGAUAUUGACGGUUGGUGAGAACCUAUUGGUGGUGCCCUUGUAGAAGUACAAAUCAUCGUAUUCUAUCAACUAGAUGGCAUCAUGCACCACCUCUGCCAUUGAAGAAAAUGGAGUAUGCUUCUGCAAACAAGAGCAGCAAAUGUAAUCAAAGCAUCUGAGUAAGCAGAUUCUCCAUCAAUUUUGCAUUUCAGCGUGAUUCAAGUUACAGGAAUACCCGCUAAUCAAAUGUUGUACUAUAAUGCAAUUUUCUUUUCCAUUUUGAAUUAAAUUAUUUCCAUUUUUGUAUAGACGACUGUUUUGGCACACUGCAAGUUGAAGGCACAUCAAUAAAGCAAAGUUGUCGUGAAGAGCUAAAUGAAA